UCACAAUGGAUUACCAAGAUGGCUUAGGCAGCCUUAAGAUCAGCUGUUUUGAUAGAGGGAAGAAGUUGUUUAUCAUUGAGAAUAGCUCAGGUUACUUGAACUACACAGAGGCUUGACUCCCAUCCAACAAUGAUGGCUUUGAAACCCUUCAGACUAUUAUUCAAGAGGAAUUAGGUUUACAAGGAGAUGUUAAUCUUUAUAAUAAAAAUGGUAAUGAGAUGACAGCUGAUGAUUUCUUCUUCCUUACUGAUAAUGAUAUUAUCUAUGUCAGAACCACAGGAGAAUUUUGUUUUAAAUCGAUGCUUGCACUUUAUAAAAGUGUUGAGAAGCUAGGUGAAGGGGGCUUCGGAUCAGUUUAUCUUCUUGAGCACUCUUUGAGUGGUGAAAGAGUUGCAGCUAAAUUUAUGGACGUUUCUGAACAUCUUAGGAAAGCUAAUGAAAUCGAGAAAGCAGUGAAGGAAUCAACUUCCUUAAUCUCUCUGGAUCAUGAGGUAAUCAUCCGACUUGAGACUGCAUUCUUUAUAAAUACUGAUAUGGUACUGUUUACUGAAUAUAUUCAAGGAGGAGAGUUGGGAAAGUAUGUUAAUGAUCAUCAAAUUAAUGAAGAGCUAGCUAAGAAAAUAUUCAUGAAAAUCUUAGAUGCGGUACAUUAUUGCCACACACGUGGGAUCAUUCACAGAGACUUAAAGAUGGAGAACAUCUUGCUCACAGAUUCCAAUGACCCUCUAAGUCUACGAGUAAUAGAUUUUGGAAUCGCUGGAAUAUGAUCUUUAAAUAAGACAGAUGCCUCUACUGCUGGAACUUUGCAUUAUUGUCCUCCUGAAAUCAUCGAUGAAUCAGAUAUAAAAUCUGAUCCUAAAAUUGACAUAUGGGCUCUUGGUGUCAUUCUAUACAUAAUUUUGCUCAAGAAAUUCCCAUUCAGGAGCGAUGUGAGCAAUUCAGACAUUAGAGAACAAAUUUUAAAUCUAGAUCUGAAAUACGAAUCAAGAGAAGAAAUGAAGUUGUCUUGUUCUGUUAAGCAUUUGAUUUCAAAUAUGUUAACAAAGAAUAAAUUCCAGAGAUAUUCUAUCAAAGAAAUCGUCUCACAUCCAUGGUUGAUUAAGGAAAUUGAAGAAAUAGAGGAAUCUCCAUUGUCUCGCCUCACAAGCAACUUUCUUAAUGAUGAAAUAGCUGAGCAAAUCAAGUCAGUAGUUUACCCUACUUGUCCAGACCAAGAAGAAGAUACUGUUCAAUUUUUGGGUGAGAGGCUAAAAUCAAGGAGAACUAUUUCAAGGAAUAUGCGCACCAAGAGUAAGCGUAAGGUUUCUAAAAUACUUUCCCCAUUGAAAUCUCAAAGAAAGAAUAACAAGAAACCCAAUGGCUCUAAUAAAGGCUCAAAGAUUAAGAUAAGGAUGAAGAACUCACCACAGUCUAUUAUCCAUCCAAUGCAGUUCAAGAUUAACUGUGAGAGUUACAUGUCUGCCAGGAAAAAGAGGAAAAGAGGAGGAAAGACACAAAAAUCUGAAUUAAUUUCGAAAUUUAAAGAAAGCCAGAAUGAGAAUAAUUAUUUGGUCGGAAUGGAGUACUGCCUCUUUAAAAGAGAAGUAGAUGAUAACAAGAUAUUAGAAACAUUUUUACUGAGACAUUCAUUAGAAUACAAUGAAUACAACAUUAAGACUCUUCGGGAGUUUGCUCAAACAUCUAUUGAAUCUCCUAUCGACUUCAAGAACAUCAUCACCAGGAUGCAGAAGAAGUCUCGAAGAAGAGUCCAUAAUGAAUCUAGAAUGUUCCACCAGAUGUCUACAAUUGCUGAGUCAUCAGCAAUGGAUUCUGGCCCAUGCGCAGUUUACAAAGAUGUGGACGAAAAGCACGAUUAUUCUAAAAACAAAUACUCCAGGUCAAUGACAAACAAGAUUAAGUUCUCUGAAAGGGUUGGAGAUAUAUCAAUGAGGAAAUAAGAUCAUAGAGAAAGCAUUCAAUUCAGCUCAAAAGGGAGGGGAAAAACUGUCGAUGAACUUCUCUAUAAAUAAAAUUUUGAAAAAGAAAAAUUCAUACACUGAACUACCUUCAAUCGAGAGAAGAGAGCAAUCUUAUCGGAAAGGAAAAUUACUGCAGAUAAGGAGAGAUAACUCUACCAAUAAGAACUCAGAUAAUAGGAAUCCCGAUCUCUUUAUUCUCAAAGAUACAUUUGUCAAAAUUGGAAAUAUUAAAAAGGGGAAAUUGAGAAGAGACAAUAGGCAAAGCAGCAAUGGGACUACAAUCUCUAACAAGCUUUUAAGAAUGAGUAUGCAAAAGAAGACCAACAAGGUAGAAUUACCUUCACAAGCUUUAGGAAGCUUCAAACGAUCUCCUGAGAGGAAGCUUGGAGUAAAAUUAACAGCCCAGUAUUAGUUAUUCAGGUUAUUAAUUUAA